UUUUUUUUUUUUUCCCCUGUGGGCUAGAGCGCGUGAGAGUGGAGGAGAAAUGGAUGAAUGAAUGAAUGAAAGAAAUAAACAAACACUGGUUUGAUCCUGAUUAAUUAAUGCACUAGCUAAAGGGAACGUCAAGUGCAUCGUGGAAGCAAGAUCCCAAAGGGCAAAUUACAGAUCAGACAUACAGCUGAUGGUUGCUGGCUAGCCAAUGGGGCUUUUUGACAAGUUGGUAGGAUGGCUGGGGUUGAAGAAGGAGGUGAAUGUGCUGUGUCUCGGCCUGGACAACAGUGGAAAAACCACCAUCAUCAACCAACUCAAGCCGUCCAAUGCCCAGACACAAGACAUCGUCCCAACCAUUGGCUUCAGCAUAGAGAAGUUCAAGACAUCCAGUCUUUCCUUCACAGUGUUUGACAUGUCUGGUCAAGGCAGAUACAGAAACCUCUGGGAGCAUUACUACAAGGAAGGUCAGGCUAUCAUAUUUGUCAUUGAUAGUGCAGACAAACUGAGGAUGGUUGUGGCCAAAGAAGAACUGGACACAUUACUAAAUCAUCCCGAUAUUAAACACAAGAGGAUCCCCAUUCUGUUCUUUGCUAACAAGAUGGAUGUCAGGGAUGCUCUGUCAUCAGUCAAGGUCUCACAGCUGCUCUGUUUGGAGAACAUCAAAGACAAAUCCUGGCACAUCUGUGCCACAGAUGCUCUGAAAGGAGAAGGUUUACAGGAGGGAGUCGACUGGUUACAAGAUCAAAUCAAAACAAUGAGAACAUGAGGGCCUGAGUAGGGACAAACCGGAGGAAACAGCAUCCGUGGAAAUCUGUAAUGAAAGAUGUGUUGACCGUGUGGUCAGAGGUACAAUGGGAUACUAAUGUUUUUUGAUAAGGUAUUUAGAUGGUUCUUGGAUACGUGUGGUUCAAUAGAAAAAUGAGUACAUAAUUUGAUUCUCUGGUACCAGUAAAAACAGUAAAAAUGCAUCCACCAACAGUGCUAAUUCAGUGAGAAACGUAGGGCAAAUUCCUAUUUUCCAUACAGUCUUUUUGAGUUUGAAAUGAUCAAUACAGGUGUUCAAAGGAACAAAAUUAAUUGGGAAAAAGAGUACUUUCACUUACUGUACAUUAUCCCUCCCAUUUUUCAAUAUCUUUGUGUACCAGGGAUCAUGAUCAACUAUAGCUGCUCUUAAACAGGUCAUUGUGUCUGGUGCUGUCUUUCCUUUAAGGAGCAUGAACACCUGAGAUGUCUUGUAGAAAAGACACAUUGUCGGUUGCUGUGUUAUAAUGCAUGUUUUAGCCUUUACACUAAACCCCUCGUCUGACAAAUGGCAUGUGCCAGCGUCCCUGAAGGACAACAAGUGUUACAGCUGGUUGAUUCAGAAUGGCACUACAUAAUACCAAUAAUGUAAACUGAACGUCCUAUCCCCCUUUUCCACUGGCUCACAAUUACCUAUAUUUGCUAUGGUUUAGCCUAGGUGUGAUAUGAUCAUAUUCAUUUCCACUGCACCUUUACAGAAGGGAAUAAAUGCUCUGAUCUACAGUUUUAUGGCCACUGCUUGACAGGCGGUGACAGUCUUUACGUGUCUCAAGCCUCCGUGCAUCAGACAUUAUUCUAAAAAACUUUUGGCAGUAAUGGGAAGUACAUACGAUCUGUAUGUAAUGGGCUAAAACAUUGAAAAAGGCCUCUAAGAAAUUGUUUCCACCUCUAAAAUAUGCCAAAUACUCUUUUUUUCCCCCCCUUUUUUUCCUCAUCUCAGGGCUCUGUAGAUACACUACACAGUUAAGUUAAGUAUCAUUUACAUCUUCAGCAGAGGCAAAAAUCUCUGGUAUUUGUUUGACUGCUACCAAAAAUUUUCAUACAUUCCAGUUCACAUCGCCUUUCUCAAACUUGUAUACAGGGCCAUCUCACUGUCACAUUAAAAAACAACAGUUACUAUGUCUUUACUGCAGCUUAUCCUUCAUGCAGCUCUGCUCAUAUUUGGUUAACAUUGCUCUUUUUUUUUAGUAGCUUUGAAAAUAUAUUUAGCAUAUUUAAGAUUAUAACUGUAACCAAAUGCAUGUUUUCUAGGACCCAGUAGAUUCUGUUGUACAUAUUGUUACUUGUGGCUAAGUGAAUAUAAUUUAAAGUUAACUUAACUGUAACAAGUGAUAAAAUGAUUGUCAUAAAUUAAUAUCGAGUUAGCUUGCGUGUAAAGUUUGUUUAAAACUCUUUACGAAGCUAAUUUUUCAGGUAGUGUUUCAUCUUUGCCUUAUUUCAUUGCUCAAAGGAAAAACUGUAUUCAAACAAAACACUUUUUAGAAUUUACUCAUGGUACAUUCAAUUAUUCAAAGGCAGACAAAAAAAAAGAAAACAUCCACUCAGUCUCCACAAAGUUUAGAUUGCUAGCCUUUGCUACUCUUCUUUACUCUCUGACUGAAAGUCUGCGCUAAGAUUGUAGAGAUCACACUUGUGUGGUUGUUUCUUUUUUUGUCUGAUGGUGUUUGCCAAGCUCCAUCACCUCAACCAAGCUUUAUGGCAAAUAAGAGGUGUUUCAGUGUUUUUGAGUAGUUUCAAGGCAAACGGAAUAGACUGACAAAAAAUUUGUGAUAAAAUCAUUAAAAUAAUAGUUGUUUAUUUUAUAUAUUCUAUGGUAUCUUGUUCAAAAAUGUCUCAUCUGUAAACCCUAUUUUUAAUACUACAGAUGUCACAAAUUGCAGAAAGCACAACUCGUAACACUCCAAAAAUGUAUGUUUCCCUCUCUAACACUUGACAGUGAGCUGAACAUACUUUAGACAGAAAAUAUCAGGGUAAGGUUACUGAUCGGAGUUCAAAGAGUCCAGUUCACUUUCAGGACUGUAUGAUACAGCUAUAUACAGGAGAUCUAGCAUCUUUGAUUGAAAGUCAUGUCUUAAUUUGAAAAAGAUUUUGUUCAUGGUUUCAAAUCUUAACUGUAGAAUGUAUUACAAGAGUGCGUGGGGUGUAGAGGACAACACGAUUCCUACCAGUUUUGUGAAUUUAGUUCUGUAGGUAGGGAAUGACUGAAAUGUCAGGUCAUGUUUAUGGUUAGUCAGGCCAUUUCAACAGAUUUACCCGCCAGAGAAAAUUUCACAGAUACAUUUCACGUAGAGAGUUAAAAACAAAACCUUCACAUCAUCAGGUUCUUGAUUAUUUUAGCUUAAACAAAAGAUGAAAAUUCUGCUUUUGUUCCUGUCAGGCGGUUUUAAGAGUUUUGUUCACCCUGAAAGUUAUAGACCAGGCAGUGUUUCCACUGCAAGGAGACAUUUACAGUGAAAACUGGUCCUUGUUACUUUUAGCACACUCAUACCAGACACUGUCUUUUAUUACUACCACUGGGGGACACCCAAGUCCAAAAUAUUCAAAUCCUACUCAUAGUGGCUGGAAGGACACCACAGUGGGUUUGUACUAUAUUGUCCAUUUCUAACUGGAGGACAUCUCAGAGUGGUGAUUUACUGUGAGAUGAUUGGUCAACUUUCCAGACAGCUCAAUUCAUAUUUUCGAAAACAAGGGAAGGGUCCUUGUGAGAUCACGUGUCAUAUCCUCCGGACAUCUAUUUCGAAGCAACGACCCUCUGAGCACAAGUUCACUUUAGCUUCAUAGAAGUCAUAGAGUCUUCUCUCAAACUGUACCAUCAGAUGAGUUAUAUGUAUGUUGUUUAUUACACUGUAUGUGUUAAUU